AUGAAGGGUGAACUCGAACAGGCUCUGGCUCUUCUCAUCAAAGCGAGCCCUUCCUUGACCUACACGGCCUACAACAAUGGCAGCAGCGCAACGGACGAGCCUUUGGGCGACCUUCACAACAGUCCUCGCCCUCCUGAUCCACGCAACUCCGGCCUCUGGUGCCGGAUUUACGUGGUAUGUCAAGGCGAGUUCGGUAAUCACCGGGAUGCCUGGAUGGUUUGCGGGUACUUUCUUCCUGCCAGUGCCGGCUCUGGAUGUGUUGCGGCCGCCUUGCUAGUCGGGAUCAAUCCCGUUGUCCAGGCCCAUGGCGGAAGCGGCCAGACCGGCGCCGUGAUUCCGACCAAACGCGACGAGGGCCUGGUUGCCUUCAACCAUGUCACCCACGAGGGCGUUGUCCACGACUUUAUCAACUCGACGGCCUUGACCCACGACUGGCAUUUCGUCCACGCCAUCAACCAACCGGUCAACUUGACGGUGCGGCGGCUGCCCGAUGGUCGCAUCCAUGCCCGGACGCAAGGAUUCUCCAAGAUGUCAUGCCCCAAUGGCUGUCCGACCGAUCCGCCCAUGAGCCUUGCCCCACACGCAAUACAAUCUCGCGCCACCACUUCCCAUGUCGAGGAGAUUGACUUCUCAUGGGCCGAGCCUAGCGGAUACGGAACGAAGACGCAGACCGGGUUGGCCGGGGCCGCGUCUGGCGCGGCGCAGUUUGUGGCCAGCCAGCCCAGCGGAACAUACAGUUUCUGCUCGGAUGCAUACAGUGUGGACGGGUUGGAUGCGGUUGUUGGGUUUAAUUUCUACGGCGAUAACUAUGCAACUGAUUUCCCCCCACCAUGCGAUUAG